UCCCAACCCAAAUAUAAAAGACCUGGGACGAGCCGGCAGCGCCCUCACUUCAUGCCGAGACCGUUAGGAAAGUUGAUCAAAGUCUGGCUUUACAAAGCUGCACCAAUCUUGCCUUAAAAAAAAACAAAAAAACAGGAGUGUGUUGCUAGGAGUGUGUUGAAACUAGAAAAAGUCGCCCUUGUUCAUUACAAGAAAUAAGUAUGUACAAAAUGGGACUCAGACCCUUGGUUCUCUUAACGCUGACUGCUUUCCUCUGUGUUGCCGCCCAGAAAGGGACGUUUGCGCCGGAUGACGUUGAGCCAGUGACCAUUGGAGGAAGUGAAGAGAAAAAUGUCUCCACGUUGUCGGGGCUACCUAUCACUCUAGCUCCAGGGAGCGAGAAGACCCAGUCUGAUGAAGACAGCAAAGACUCCAGCUUCACAUCCUCGAGAGAGUCCAACUCCACUGAAGACGAUGGGCCUGAAGCUGACGACUCUAACGGGAAGGACUUCUUGGAAAUGCUGACACUGAUCGGGAUCAUCGUGGGGGCCAUCGUGGCCGUGGUCAUCGUACUGACCAUCAUUGUCAUCAUCAUCAAGAAAAUGUCUGGGGGAUAUUCGCCCUGAUCUGCCAAGAUAAACAGACAUGACUAACUGGUGGUUCUGCAGUGAGAAUGAAGUCAUUUGAAACCAGGAUAACCAAACGUACGUCUGCCAACGUUCCUUGGACUCUAAAGCGGCCCGACUCUCAGAGAGCUGGUGAAAUCUGCCCCUGCCCUCCCCCCACCUCCCCUCCCCUCGUCAUUUAAUUUGUGUAGUGCAAAUCCAGCAUGUAGUUAAAGUCAUUUAAUGCAGAAUUUGUUUUGCAUGGAGCUGCAAAAUAUAUUGUAUUUAUAGCAUACAUUAUAUCAGUUCAGUUUAGUUUAUUGCCACGUGUACCGAGGUACAGUGAAAAGCUUUUGUUGCGUGCCAACCAGUCAGUGGAAAGACAAUAUGUAUGUAUUGUGUGACGUUGCAGGUCGAGACCCUUCUUCAGUCUGAAGAAAGGUCUCGACCCGAAACGUCGCCCGUUCCUUCUCUCCAGAGACGCUGCCUGUCCCGCUGAGUUACUUCAGCAUUUUGUGUCUAAUGUUAUUUGAAUUGUCUGCUAAAAAUGAAAAAAAUGAGGGAAGACUUUAUUGCCUUCCAUCACAGUGGGGAACAUGAGGAAUCCACUGUGGUGGAUGUUUAUGUUGACUUUUCUGUAGUUUUAUGUCUUAGAAUGGUUGCAUGUUAAUUUGCAUAUCACCGUAGCUUAAUUGGUACACGUGACAAUCAAAGACCUUUAACCUUUGCUACAAUAUGCGUAACAUGUUUAUGCUAUGUAUAAAUAUGCUAUGUAUUGAUACAUAUAUGCUUUGUAUUUAUACCUGAGGCUUUGUCCCCAAAUUAUCAGCACUUUUGAUUUUUGCUUCUUCAAUAACUUUAUCUUUUCCACCCUAAUGAAAUUGGACAUGAAUGAGGAGGUGAGCUGUGCUGCAAAAUGCAAUUAAUCAAUCAACUAAUCAAUCGAUCAAUUGACCAAUCGAGCAAUCAAACAACCGAUCAAUCAAUCAACUGAUCAUUCAAUCA